AUGGCACCACAACCGCAUCGAAUACUUUUGUGCAUCUCAUCGCUCUCUUGUUUCUAUACUUAUCGGCUUGAUGUCCCAGGAGUGUUCUGCCCUAUCAUUCAAAUCUCAAAGUCAUCAACCCACUGGCAAAUGCUUCACAUAGUCGAAACUGAGCAGUUGGAACUUUUCAAAGUGGCAGCUUCGCUAAUUACUGCUUCAUUCACUGAAAAAGAAUUACUUCUUGCAAAUGAAGGAAGAGAUCAAAAUGUAGAAUUGACUGAUUUAAGGAAGCCAAAGAAAAGACUAGAUAUACAAGGAAUACGCGGCUGGGCUAUUUUAUCGGUUGUUGCAUUCCACUUCUUCCCGGCCCAUUGUCCUAAUGGAUACCUGGGAGUAGAUAUGUUCUUUGUCGUAUCCGGAUUCCUCAUGGCUAUGAUUAUAACAAGAUCAGUGGAAAAAGGUGCAGCUUUUUUUUGCACGUUUUACUACAAAAGAAUCAAGCGAAUACUACCGCUAUACUAUAUGACUUGCCUCGUGACCCUAAUAUUUGUGGUAGUAAAGUUGCCUACCUUCCGAUCCUUGAAUUUCGCAAGCUCGCGCAGAGCAGUGUCAUUUACUGGAAACCUAAAAAUUUCGAAGGACGACUCCGCAAAGGAUUAUGAGAAAAUGUUGUCGGAUGCAAUGGAUUUAUUUACUCAUACAUGGUCAUUAUGCGUUGAAAUGCAGUGGUAUCUGCUUGUACCCCUACUCUUUUGCUUGCAAAGCUUGCUGCUUUCUCGGAAAACAUUAUUUUACUUAGGAAUUGCUCUCGCUUCCAUGGUAUUUUACUUUUCUGUCGACAAAGACAUUGCUUUCUACAACGUUUUCGCACGAGUGUGGCAGUUUUGCGCGGGAAUUAUGGCCUUUAUAUGGCAACAUGACAGUAAUGAAGCGAACACGAAGUCAGAGCGACCAGCCUACAAUGAUGGGCAAUUGCGCGGUGGAGGGUACUGCACAACCUCCAGGCUGAUGCGUUACGUUUCCUGGGCAGCUUUUAUCCUCGCCGUGCCAAUACUGUUUUAUUGGACAAGAUUAGCGAAGGAUAUUGCACGCAUGGAGGUAACAGUCAUGACUGCAGCGCUCAUCCUUGCAGGGAAGAGAUACCAGAUAGCUGCACUUAUCAAGCCGGGGAUGGUUUUUGUAGGAGAGAUAUCAUAUGCUCUAUAUCUCAUUCACUGGCCGGUCUUCAUCGUCAUGAAAUAUUUCUAUCCCGAGAAUCCACUGAGUCGGUUUCUGUAUAUCAGAAGCUAAUUUGCUUGAUUUGACUGAUAUUGUCAGUCUGAAAGAAGCUUUUGCCAACAAAUUCCUUACUCACGAGGGAACGAUCCCAUUUCAAGACGGCAAACUGGAACGAGCAGCAU